AAAAAAAACCAGUAAACUGACCAGGCUGCGUGACCCGCUAAAUUUGAAAAUACUUGCAAUCGAUUUGAUUGCAUGUUAAAAUUAGAACCUUUUUAGAACGUUGCAUAUGCAGCGUUCUAAAUGCGUCUUUUAUUUUGUGUGUGUUUUGGAAGGAAAACCCCUAAUCCCGCGAAAUCGAAAGUGAAAGGUUAAUCGUGUCGGUGUGCUGAACUAACCCUGCACGAUGUGAAAGAAGAAGAGGGAGUUGAGAGGACUACAUAGUUAAAGGUAGAAGGACGGGAGAAAACGUAAUAAUAAUAGCAACUACAACCAAAAAGAUAGUAUGUUUAUUAGAGAGUAGGUUAUGCGCGUUGGAUAUUUCGCAAGGUAACUGAUUUAUACAUGCAACAUGCGGAAAGUUUUGGCGUUCGCGUGUAUAUUAUGUGUGGACAUAAUCAUCGUUUACACUCUGGACCUCGGCGGAACUUUAUUGAAAACUCGUCCAAGGAAUCUUGAUCUUAGUCUGUUACGCCAGUGGGCUGAAUCUGGGUUGCGAUGCACACUACUGUACGCAGGAUCCCUUUUCUGUAAAGAUCUGACGGAUCCGUUGAUAAAACGAUGGAUUGCAGUCCACUGUUUUAUCGGUUCGGUGUAUGAAACCGGUCGCUCGACUAUGUUUGGCAACUAUCGGCUAGAUAAAUUCAAUAUGUGGCUUGUCGGUACCGUAGCUGCUGCUUUAGCUUGUUUGUUUUGGGAGAUAACUUUGCCUGACACGAAUGGAGAUGGUAACAGUAAAGCGAGCAAACAGAAUGCAAGAGUACUCUUCAUGAGGGUCAUCCGUUUCUACAAACCCGACAACAUGUUAUUAUGUGGAGCAUUUGUCUUUCUGGCCUUAGCUGUCCUCUGUGAGAUGUUCAUCCCACUAUGCACAGGAGAAGUGAUUGACAUUUUAGGUUCCAAGUACCAGUGGGAUAACUUUAGAUUUGCUAUCAUUCUCAUGGGAUUAUUCUCAUUGGGAAGUUCUUUCAGCGCAGGUUGUCGAGGAGGCCUCUUCAUGUGUGCCAUAAAUAGCUUUACUUGCAGAGUCAAGGUGCAACUGUUUGGGUCCAUUGUCAGACAGGACAUUGGCUUCUUUGAGACCAUCAAGACAGGUGAUAUCACAUCUAGACUGUCCACAGACACCACUUUGAUGGGCCGGGCUGUUGCCCUGAAUAUCAACGUUCUUCUGCGGACCAUGAUAAAGACCUUGGGCAUGCUUUAUCUGAUGUUGAGCCUGUCUUGGAAGCUAACACUACUAAUGUUGAUGGAGACACCACUGACAGGCUUACUGCAGAACAUAUAUGACACCCAUUAUCAGAGGCUGUCAAAAGAAGUUCAGGACUCCAUGGCACAUGCUAAUGAAACUGCUGGGGAGGCCGUUUCAGGCAUCAGGACUGUAAAGAGUUUCAGGAUGGAACUGGGGGAAGCCCGACGCUAUGAUAUCCGCUUGAUGGACACUCAUAAUCUAAAGACCCGACGGGACACAGUCAGGGCAGUUUACCUGCUGGUUAGGCGGAUGACAGAAUUAGGGAUGAAGGUGGCCAUGUUGUACUAUGGGAGGCUCUUUAUCCAAUACGGACAGAUGAGCACAGGAAAUCUUGUCUCCUUCAUUCUCUAUCAGUCAGACCUUGGAGACAACAUUAGGACCGUGAUAUAUAUCUUUGGAGACAUGCUGAACUCAGUGGGUGCAGCUGGUAAGGUGUUCGAGUACCUUGACCGAAAGCCUGUGGUCAGUACUGAUGGUAACCUGCAGCCCAAUGUUCUCAAGGGACACAUCAAUUUUCUGGACCUCACCUUCUCUUAUCCCAGAAGACCUGACCAGAAUGUGUUAAAGAAUUUCUCCCUUGAGUUGAAGCCGGGUCAGAUGACUGCUCUGGUGGGAAUGUCAGGUGGGGGGAAGAGUACAUGUGUGAGUCUGCUGGAGAGAUUUUAUCAGCCUCAGCAGGGACAGAUUCUGCUAGAUGGGCAACCACUACAGAACUAUCAGCAUAACUACAUACACAGCAAGAUAGCAAUGGUGGGUCAGGAGCCUGUACUUUUCUCGGGUACCAUACGGGACAAUAUCACCUAUGGUUUGCCUGACUGUUCAAUGGAGAGAGUAAAGGAAGCUGCCAGUAAAGCCAAUGCCCAUGCCUUCAUCAGCAAACUGGAAAAUGGCUAUGACACAGAUGUAGGAGAGCGUGGUAAUCUGCUGUCAGGGGGUCAGAAGCAGCGCAUUGCCAUCGCCAGAGCUCUGAUCAGACAACCUCAGGUCCUCAUACUGGAUGAAGUGACCAGCUCCCUGGACUCUGAAAGUGAACAAAUGGUACAACAAGCCCUGGCCAGUUGCCCCACCCAGACUUUGCUUGUGAUUGCUCAUAGACUGAAGACCAUUGAGAAGGCAGAUCAGAUAGUUGUGAUUGACAGCGGGCAGGUGGUGGAGCAGGGCACUCAUAAAGAACUGAUGGAUAGGAAGGGAAGUUACUAUAAACUGAGAGAGAGGCUCUUUAAUGAUGAUAACACAGCCAACCAAGAAAAACAAAAAUCAGACACAAUAAAAGUCUAAUAGUCUGUGGCGAAUAUUGUACUUGUGCAUAAUAAACAACUGUUUUUUGUAAAUACUUGUCUUUACAUACACAAUCAAUUUCUUCAAGAUCUGUGUAAAAUAAACCUUGUUAUAAUAGUGUUUUAUCAACAAAUUAUUUAAAACAGUUAUGUAAAAAUGUGACUGGAAUGUGUUGGAAUUGUGCAAAGUUGUAAUAUUUGAUUGUGAAUAAAUAUCAGGUUCUCUAAUAAAGUAUAUAACCUGUUUGUUGCA